AUGGCUGUACCUCUACUUGUGCGAUUGCAGUCAUACAUGGACCCCCUCUUCCUUCUCAGCAUCUCCAUUGCCUACCUUCCCCUAACUUUAGUCUCUCAUCCGCUACUGCUCGUUACCUCUCCUUCAUCCUUCCGCUCGAAAUGGUUCGAAUCCUUCUGGCGGGUCAUUGGUCCCAAGAUGGCCGCCUCGGAAGUCCAAGUCGACCACAUCGAAGAACUUCUUUCCCGCGCAGCCGGGAAGGUCCUGGAACUGGGCCCAGGGGCCGGCGACCAAAUGUUCCACUAUAAGCCAGGCCAGAUCGAGGUGCUGUACUGUGCCGAACCAAACGUGUUCCUGCAUGGAUUACUCCUUCAAGCCGCGGAGAAGAAUGGCCUCGGUAAAAAGCUGGUCGCCCUCGAAGCGGGAGCUCAACCAGCCAGUCUCCUCCCUGCGCUCAAGCAGGCCGGGGUGAUCUCCAGCACGACGUCGAGUCUUCCCGAGGACGGCGUAUUCGACACCAUUGUCGCCGUCAAGAGUCUCUGCUCGGCACCGCAGAAACAACUGGCCGCCACGGUCGCUGUCGUCCAGGCCUUGCUCAAACCGGGCGGCGAGUUCCUGUUUUUUGAGCACGUGGAGAACAAUGCAGAUUCCAUCACCAAGUCUUACGUGUGGUUCAUAGAUUGGAUCUGGCCGGUGUUUAUGGGGGGAUGCCGUUUGACUGGGAAGCUUGAUCGGGUCGUCCUGGGGAUGGGCGGCUGGGACGAACGAAAAAUCACCACCACAGAUGAAUUCAAGGGUCACGAGGUAUGA